CUGGUAAUCAUUUCAACAUGUAUUUUUGUUUGUUUAGGGAAGACAUCAAGGGACUGAACUGGGCAGCGCCCUCUGACUGUUUUGCCAAGGUAACUCAGCUCCUCAAACUACCAACCUUCCAAGUACCAUGUUCUUCUGGGUUUGACUGUAAGCGUAGGAGGUCUAACAGAGUCACUGGUCAAGCACUCUGCCCAGUCUCUUCUGUCCUUUAUCAAGACGUGCAGCUCGACUGAAGACCUUACUAGAUUCACCGACAACCUUCUCAAGAUAUUCACUGACUAUCAGAAAGUAGACAGAGUUUCUGUACCGUUGAUGAAGAUGAUCAACCCCCUGUUAUCCAGUGGAAGCUUUGAAACCUUCGUAGAAGACCCUAGUCAUCCAUUUCUGCUGAACCUCCUGCAACUGGUCAAGAAGGAGGUGGCCAAGACAGGCGAUGCCCAAAAACUUCUCACAAGCAUAGAAGUGUUCUGUGGUAUGAUUCAGUUUGUUGGUGAACCUAGGAAGAAGAGCCUUACUCAACUCAUGGUAUUCCUCUCUCAUAAGUACCCAAAGAUAAGAGGGACCACUGCUAACACACUCUAUGAGACGUUGAUGGUCUAUGAUGACAUCGUGGAUGAGGAGAAGCAGGAGGAGGUCAUGACGAUACUCAUGGAAAUAAACUGGUCAGUAUCGAUCUUGUUUCCAGAUUGGGAUACUGAGGAGCAGAAUAUCAUCUACUGA